GUACUUGCACACAUGUGAUUAAUCUAAACAAACCCUAAACACUAAACAGCCGCUGCCCGUGGUCAGCCUCCUCAGACGAACUCCUCCUAAGCGCAGUGUGCGGCGACAAAACCGAUCCAUCGCCUCAGACAAAGACACAACCUUUAAUUUUUUUUUUUGUAAUGUAAACAGUUAUUUCGGAGUUCGUAGUUUAUAAUUGUACAUUUCGUUUCUUUCAUUUUCAUAUAUGUAUUUUUGUUAUAAUUCCAAAUUUUGAGUAUAAUGAGCAGAAGAAAUCUGUGUAUGAUCUUUUCGUUUCUUUCAUUUUGUUUGUUUUUUAACUUCUUGAAUCUUUGAUUUUUAUAAUGAGUAGAACCAGUAAUAACUUAUUAUGAGUAUAAACAUUUAUUUAAUGUUCUCUCUUAUUUUUGCAGUCUAAAUCAUAUAUUAUUAAAAGCACAAAUUCUUGGACAAGGCUGAUCCCAUACUUUGACAAACUGAGGGAAGUUCAAAACCUAGGGGCAGACCGGAGAGUACUCUAACAAAGGUGCACACAAAUACUCCUUGCGUCCAUCGCCUUGCUCCAACAUGGAGAUAAAGUCGCUGGUUUAUCCGCCAAAUACUCCUCCACUCUCGGUCAUUGCUGCUGCUAAGGUUGCCGGGAUCUCUCUCACCAUUGACACUUCUGAUUCUUCUGAUUCUCCUCCGUUUUUUGAGUUCACUGAUGGGCUAAAAUUACAUGGAACAUAUGUACUACUUCGAUAUGUUGCUCGGAUUUCCACCAUUCCUAAUUUCUGUGGGCGGAAUGCAUAUGAAUCUGGCCAGAUUGAUGAAUGGCUGGAAUAUAGUCCUGUUCUUUCAUCAGGUUCUGCAUUUGAGACCGCAUGCAAAUAUGUGGAUCUUUAUUUAAAGAGCCGUACAUUUCUGGUUGGUCAUUGUUUGUCAAUUGCAGAUAUAGCAAUUUGGUCAGGUCUUGCAGGAACCGGGCCUAGAUGGGAAAGUUUGAGGAAAUCAAAUAAGUAUCAGAAUCUUGUAAGAUGGUUCAAUUCAAUCUUGGCGGAACACAGCGACGCUUUAACAGAAGUUGUUGCUACGUAUGUUGGCAAAAAAGGAAAGCCAGUGCCUGUUAAAUCAAAAGAGCAUCAAGGAGUUAGUCAAUCUACAAAGAGUGUAAAUGGGGAUGUUUCUAAAGCAGGAAGCAGGUCUACAUUUGAAGUAGAUCUUCCAGAUGCUGAGAUUGGAAAAGUGAAACUGAGAUUUGCCCCAGAACCCAGUGGUUAUCUUCAUAUUGGACAUUCAAAGGCGGCACUGUUGAAUCAGUAUUUUGCUCAAAGAUACCAAGGAGAAGUUAUUAUACGAUUUGAUGAUACAAAUCCUGCAAAAGAAAGCAACGAGUUUGUAGACAAUCUUCUAAAGGAUAUUGAGACCUUGGGCAUUAAGUUUGAAACUGUUACAUAUACUUCUGAUUACUUCCCUCAGUUGAUGGAAAUGGCUGAAAAGUUGAUUUGUGAGGGUAAAGCAUAUGUUGAUGACACCCCACGUGAGCAAAUGCAGAAAGAAAGGAUGGAUGGAAUUGAAUCAAAAUGCAGAAACAACAGCAUAGAGGAGAAUAUGAAAUUAUGGAAGGAAAUGAUUGCAGGAUCUGAAAGAGGUCUGCAGUGUUGUGUGCGGGGAAAACUUGAUAUGCAAGAUCCUAACAAAUCACUUCGUGAUCCUGUAUAUUACCGUUGCAAUCCGAUCCCUCAUCAUAGGAUUGGGUCAAAGUACAAGAUAUAUCCAACUUAUGAUUUUGCAUGCCCGUUUGUUGAUUCUAUAGAGGGUAUAACUCAUGCUCUUCGGUCUAGUGAGUACCAUGAUCGCAAUGCGCAAUAUUAUCGGAUUCAAGAGGAUAUGGGUUUGAGAAAGGUCUUUUUGUAUGAAUUCAGCCGGUUGAAUAUGGUUUAUACACUCCUUAGCAAGCGUAAGCUUCUAUGGUUUGUUCAAAAUGGACAGGUUGAUGGAUGGGAUGAUCCUCGUUUUCCAACUGUCCAAGGAAUUGUGCGAAGAGGUCUUAAAGUUGAAGCAUUGAUUCAGUUCAUUCUUGAGCAGGGAGCUUCAAAAAAUCUUAAUCUCAUGGAGUGGGACAAGCUUUGGUCCAUAAAUAAGAAGAUAAUUGAUCCCGUGUGUCCUAGGCAUACAGCUAUUAUUGAAGAGAGGCGUGUGUUGUUGACCCUGACUAAUGGACCCGAGGAACCAUUUGUCCGAAUUAUUCCUAAGCAUAAGAAAUACGAAGGUGCUGGAGACAAGGCUACAACAUUUACGAAGAGUAUAUGGUUAGAUUAUGCCGAUGCUGAGUUAAUUGCAGCAGAUGAGGAAGUUACGUUAAUGGAUUGGGGGAAUGCCAUUAUUAAGGGAAUUGAAAAGGACCAAGAAGGAAAGGUAACACAGUUAACGGGAGUUUUGCAUCUCGAAGGAUCUGUGAAGACUACCAAGUUGAAGCUUACAUGGUUACCUGAAACAGAUGAGCUGGUUAAACUCUCAUUGAUGGAGUUUGAUUAUUUAAUUACAAAGAAGAAGCUUGAAGAAGGCGAGGAUUUCCUUGAUGUUCUUAAUCCGUGCACUAAAAAGGAGACCGCAGCUGUUGGGGACUCGAACAUGCGAAAUCUGAAGAGGGGAGAUGUAUUGCAGCUUGAAAGGAAAGGAUAUUUCAGAUGUGAUGCUCCCUACGUUAGGCCCUCAAAACCGGUAGUCCUACUUUCGAUUCCAGAUGGCAGACAACAAAGCGGUUUCAAGUAAAGAGCGGUGGUAAGCACGACGGUCAGUGGCCCUUUUCAUUUCCCAUUAUAAGUUAUCAUUGAGGAUUGUUUUAUCUAUUGUAUCAAACAAGGUUGUGUUAGCCAGAACUUGAGUCAUCAGACAAAGAGGCCCAUAGUUAGAACACAUUGAUGUUCAUAUAAUACAAUUUGCACAGCUGCCAAUUUUGAUGUCAAACAUCAUUUGAAAAGUCUUUGUUAGUUUAUUUAUUUUUUUUCUGAAUCUGCAAGCAUGAAACUGUACUUAUUACAUUACCUUUGCUUAAAUUAAAAUUCAUCAUUACAUCGCCAAAAAUGUUCUUAAUUAAAUUCCUCAACUUAAUAUCAAUACGCAUUUGAGCU